GUGAAAUCUGAUUGGCUGAUGCUGACUCAUUUUGCGGAGGGAAAGUUCAAAAUUGUAGUAUCAGAAACGGUCACUGACGUUAGAAGAAGCAAUGACCAGACAAGCGAAGGGCAAAACCCCCCGCAGGCCUCCACCCAAAAAGCCUUCUAGCAACCAGAAAGACCCGGUUGGAGUGUACUGUCGUGUACGACCCCUGGGUACGGAAAACGAGGAGUGUUGCAUUGAGGUGAUCAGCAGCUCCACCAUCCAGCUGCACGCCCCGGAAGGCUUCAAAACAAACCGCAAUGGAGAAUACAAAGAGACACAGUAUUCCUUCAAAAAAGUCUUUGGAGUUUCGGUAUCUCAGAGGGAGCUGUUUGAGCAUGUGGCUAAGCCGCUUGUCGACGACCUCAUUCAUGGAAAAAAUGGUCUGCUCUUUACAUACGGGGUCACAGGAAGUGGAAAGACGUUCACCAUGACAGGCUCUCCAGGUCAGGGUGGACUUCUGCCUCGCUCACUUGACAUGAUCUUCAACAGUAUUGGACCAUACCAGGCCAAAAGAUAUGUUUUCAAGACAGAUGACAAAAAUGGUAUGGACAUCCAGAGUGAAGUCGACGCUUUGUUAGAGCGCCAAAGACGGGAGAACAACUUGUCUGCUCCUAAAACAUCCUCCUCCAGGCAAAAGACUGAUCCUGAGAUUGCUGACAUGAUUAAGCCGGAGGAGGCUUAUAAAGCAGAUGAUGUGGACGAGGACAGCAGCUACAGCGUUUUUGUCUCCUACAUAGAAAUCUACAACAACUACAUCUACGAUCUCCUGGAGGAAACUCAGGAGGAUGCAAUCAAACCAAAGUGGAAUGUUGGAGGCACACCUGUGCGCCAGAACACUGAGUUCAUACCACCUCAAUCUAAAAUCCUCAGAGAGGAUCAGAAUCACAACAUGUAUGUGGCUGGCUGUAUGGAGGUCGAAGUCAAAUCUGCAGAGGAAGCAUUUCAAGUAUUCUGGAGAGGUCAGAAGAGGAGGAAGGUUGCAAACACCUGCCUGAACAGAGAGUCCAGUCGCUCCCACAGUGUGCUCAUUAUAAAACUGGCUCAGGCUCCUCUCGAUGCAGAUGGCGACAACAUUCUUCAGGAUAAAAAUCAGGUGAACGUCAGUCAGCUGUGCUUGGUGGACUUGGCAGGAAGUGAGCGCACCGGUAGAACUGGGGCAGAAGGCACCCGCAUACGGGAAGCAGGUAACAUUAAUCAGUCUUUGCUGAAUCUGCGGACGUGCAUCGAAAUACUUCGAGAAAACCAGAUGUGUGGCACAAACAGGAUGGUCCCCUACAGAGACUCAAAAGUAACCCACCUGUUCAAGAACUACUUUGACGGAGAGGGCAAAGUCAGGAUGAUUGUUUGUGUCAAUCCCAAGGCUGAUGACUAUGAGGAAACCUUGCUGGUGAUGCGGUUCGCAGAGAUGACCCAAGAGGUGGAAGUGGCUCGGCCAGUGGACAGGCCCAUAUGUGGCUUUACCCCUGGUCGUCGCCAUAGAAACCAGGCCUUUAAAGAGGAACUGUCUCGCAAGCUUGAGGAGCGUGGUGGUCCAGUUGACAGAGAUGUGCCUUCUGUUAUAAGCCACCUGGUGCACAGCCUCCCACCUCUACCCUCCUCUGAGCUGACCGACCCUCACGACGACAUCACUCUGCCCAGGCUGAUCGAAGCUCUGCAGAACAGACACAGGAUCAGGCAGAUGAUGAUCGACGAAUACAGCAAAGCAGCAAACAUGAUGAAGUCCAUGCUUCAGGACCUGGACAACAACUUCAAUUCCAAAGACAAUUUUAUUCAUGAACAAAACGGCAAAUUGCUAGAGAAGGAGAAAAUCAUCCAGAACAACAAGGCAGAGAUCGAACGUUUGGAGAAAAGAACCAAGACGCAGGAACACAAGAUUGACAUCCUGCAGAAAACAACUAAAAUCUAUGAGGACGACAAGCGAUCGCUGAAGCAGGAGCUGGAUACCAGAGAGCACAGGCUGCAGAGGGAGCUGUCUGACAAGAGACGCAUGGAGCAGCGCAUGCAUGGCGUGGUCACAGACACCCAGCUCAAGUGGGAGAAAGAAUGUGACAGACGUGUUAAUGCGAUGCAGCUGGAGAUGCAAAACAAACUCUGGGUGAAAGAUGAGAAGCUGAAGCAGCUGAAGGCCAUCGUGACGGAGAGCAAGACCACAUGUCGUCCCGAUCCUCCACCGCGUCAUACACAGCCAAAGAGGCCCUCUAGAGAGGACCGCCUCCCCGCGAAGAGAUCAGCUUCGCCCUCGCCUCUCCCUACGGCGACACCAGUGCGCCCGUUGCACCGUCGCUCCCGCUCUGCCGGUGGGGAGAAGUGGGUGGACCACAAGCCCUCCUCCAGCAUGGACCUCGGUACGGUUUUGCAGCCCGUCAUCCCCAAUGCCAUCCAGGUGUCUGCACCCAGUGAGAAGGCCCUGUCGAAGUGUGACAGAUACUUGUUAACACAUCAGGAGCUUGCCUCCGAUGGCGAGAUACAGACUAAACUCAUUAAGGGUGAUGUGAUUAAAACCAGAGGGGGAGGACAGGCGGUCCAGUUCACCGACAUUGAGACCCUGAAACAGGAGCUCACCACAGUCCCGAGCCGCAAAAGAAGAUCUUCAGAAGGCAAACCUGCCAAAGGAGAUGAAACAGAUGGAGCCUGGACUGAUGUGGAGACGAGGUGCUCUGUGGCUGUGGAGAUGAGGGCCGGAUCAAACAUGGGCCCUGGCUAUGAGCAUCACGGUAUCACCAAACGCAGAAAACCCUAAAAGCAGCUGCCUGCUGCUCCGGUGAUCACUUCCCUCUGUGCUCACCUGGCUGUUGUGCAAUAGUCUGAACUUUUUAAUAUUUAGCUCUAGUGAUCAUAUUUAAACAUUUUCCAUGCUUUUAUAUAUGCAAAAGUGUAUAUACAUGGGUCACCAAAGCUACUUUAUAAAGUAUUUUAUAUGUUGUAUUUGAACUAAUAGAAAACAAGUGAUAUUUGAUUUAAUCAUGGAUGGUGGCAAAUAUUUAGUUUCUGUGGCCAUGCUGCUGAAAAGAGUCUGUUUGCACAUUUUGGGGAAUUAAGUCACGUGUUACUUAGCACAUGAGUAGACAUUGAUUUUUGUCCACUGCAUACUGUUUGUGUGUUGAUUGAUGAAUUCUGUUACGCUUCAAGUUUGAAUAAUCAAGUCUUUUUUUUGAAUUUCUCUCUUGAUCUGUAACAUUUGCUUCUCCUGUCUUCACUGUACAUUCGGGAAUAAAAUUCCUUUGAAGUACCA